AUGAGCCAGCCUCCAGCACGAAGCAUUGUUGAGUCGUGGGCGGAUGCCCUAUCACGGCGCGAUUAUGACGCCGCACGCGAAAUGCUGUCUCCCGCGUGCAACGUCUUGCUCAAUGGUCUCUCGCUCGACAGAGACGGGUACAUGAACGACCUAAAGAACGCGCUCGGUCAGUCGCCAGUGCGCGUUGCUGUCGAUCUCGUCAUCAUCGAUGAAAACGACCCCAACCGCCUGGCAGUGCGUUUCGUUCACCAUGGUAAACACCAAGAUGGGGCCUCGCGGAAACAGGCAGAGCACGCCUUCGUCUGGGUCAACCAGAGCGGCAAAAUUACGAAUAUCGUGGCCACUGUGGAAGACAUGACACACGAGGACUCGGAUCGGGACGUCGCCUCGUCACCAACUUCUCCACAGCGCCAGGCACAUCACGGUGGUGAUCUCACGCAAUUCUACCGCGACUACAUCCACACCAUCAACAGCCUGACAAUGAAGGAACGCCUGCACGAAUUCUGCCAGCCAGUCGUGACGCACAACGCGCGCCGCCUAAGCAUAGACGAGUACCGCCUCAUGAUUGAGUCCAGCUUCGACGAGAUCCGCGGCCUGCACUUUUCCAUCGAGGACAUCAUCGUCGACGACGAGACGCAGCAGAUUGCGGCCCGCAUCGGCUUCACCGGCGUGCCUGGCAAGGCGUUCCGCGGCAUUGCGCCCACGGGGAAGGAAGUCCGGUUCGGCGAGCAUGCGUAUUAUCGACUCGAGGACGGCAAGAUUGUGCGUGUGCGGUCCGUUCUGGAUCUGAGCUCGUACAGGAGGAGCAUCCUCGGCGGCGACGGCGAGGCAUGA